AUGUCAUGUUCACACCUGUUGUUCAAGGUUCAUUUGCUUUUCAGAAUUCGGACCGAAGGUAGCUCGGGAGUGACCCUUAUUCGUGGGGGAAAGCCGGGAUUCAAGAACUAUGAAUCUGCCUCCCAUGUAAGCUCCUCAGCUUUUAGCAUCCACGACCACUCAAACUAUGAUCGCACAAUUGGCCAGGGAGAAUUUGGCGUUGUCUUGAACGGAGUCCCUUUCCGGACACGUCACAACGACUACAAACUUGUCAUGGCCUCCAGACACUCUAUGGAAUACCACGAUGUUGAAGAUAUACCUUUCCCUGGCGUGCCCCCUGAAGUGAUCAACAAAUCGACGCUUGAGGAGCAAAUUGUGGAGAUGAGGGAGUGGUUUCGAGCUUUCCACAAUCAAGACCGAGGUAUACGAGACUACACUCAAUACUUUAAACCAGUUCUAUGUUACCUAGAAGGGGCUUGGACACUUGAUGAAAGCAUACAAGAGCCGUUUGCCAGUGACAGACACAGCCUGGAUGCCACGUCUUGGAUGGAGCUGCACAAGCGGUAUCGCUUCUUCGCUCUGUCGGGGGCAAAAAGUCGACAAGAGAACAACGCGUUUCUUCCCAGGGAAAUUGUGUCUGUCAACAUCACCACAGGCGAGCUACAGUUCGCUCAGUGGAACUAUCGAAUAUUGUGCAGUCCGGUCGAAUUCGACAUUCCUCUGUCUCAUUUUCAUCAGGAAGACGACCUGACCUUCCGUGUGAGAACUAACCACAGCCUCGCAGGGACGGAGUGGACACGAGCUGCCAGGUUCAAACUCUAUGACACCACCAGAAAAGGCAACGGUCAACUGCUGGACGACAUUUUCUCAUCCAUUCCGGGCAAGAACAACCAUGGAGGGAACCUGAGUCUUACAGUCUUUGGGGAACACAUGUAUGACCCAGCGUACACUGACAGUGAAGUGCUGUUGAACUCCGCUUAUUACCAUCGGUCUUACAAGACAAUCCAGCCUGGAGCUGGAGGCGGUGAGUUUGCAGAAUUAGGUUUCAACGAUGGGAAUUUGUGGACGGCCAUGACAACACAAUCGAGAGUGGCGCCCUUCGAAGCAGAGGAGUGUAACUUUGUGGAGCGAAAGUCGGUCCGUCACUGCCAAGACGGCCAUCUUCGAGUGUCCUACGCCAUUCCCCUGGAGGUCAUCUACCUGUCACCUCUGCUAUCCUGGAACCCUUACAACCUGGUGCUACAUAACGACAAGAGAGAUCCGGCAGACACUGUCAGAGAUGAGAUGCUCGUCCUUGACCCCGAGGGCAAGGUGAGGAGAGUCACUGCUUCUGGGACGAGAAUCUUUCUUCCGGAAAUUCCCGGAGUGGGAAAAAUCAAAAUUAGAAUGAGGUAUCCUAUAGCGCCCGUCUAUGGCGUAGGAAGCUCUGUAUGGAAAGAGUUAAAUGCGCUGAAAGACAAGCUUUUGGGAAGUACUGGCAGCCAGCCUUCCUCUGUUGUUUUCCAGAUGUCCCCAACAAAUGUAGACCCUCCUGACGACCACACUCACAAGUUUACUGUAGCGUACCAGGACUUUAGCCACCUUCUGGCUGGACAGAAGAUCAACGUGACCACAGAGGAAACCCAAGGACACACUCACAACUUGACCAUUGAGUUUGUUCCUCAGAAAAAAAU